AUGCACAAGAUCAGUAACUUCACUGGCCAGGCUCGUCAUGGCUGGGAACGGAUGACUCCGGCAGCGUUCGGGAUGUCCAGAUUCCAUCAGGACAUGUCGACGCCGCAACCACUGAGACGUCCACAGGGUUCGCCCGCGAUCGUGUCACAAGCCUCUGCCGAACCGACUCCAGUCAAUCUCUCAUUUAAUGUGCCUUUUUCCUACAACCUGGCCGGUCCUGAGCCUGAAGAGAUACUACAUUCAAGCCCUGGCGCGUUCCAACGAUGGACGUUUCCCGCUGGCACCCCGCCUGGCACCCCGGUCCACAAGUUGCCGGUCCACGUGCAGAAUGAAGAGAGGCUGCGUUCACUGUGUUCGUACAUUAGCGAACAAAGUGCAGGGCGUGUUCAAGCAACAGUCACUUCGUCAGAGCCAAAGGCCGGGCCUGCUCUUCACAGAAAAUCUCAGGGCAUGGUCACCAACGUCUGUCUCUCGGGCGAAGGAGAGCUGGUCUACAAGAUGAGGGCCAAGAUUCUCAACGAAACCCCCAUCAUGAUGCGUUCCGCAGUUGUGGACAUAGACCCAGAUCUUAUACUAGAUGGUGCAGAAACCGGCAUUCGUUCCAGUGUGCUCAGCCACAUCGACCUGUGUGCAAAGUAUACUGGAACUGAUAUCUUUCUCCUCAAGCCGCGCGACAGUGAAGCAUCCUCAACUGGUGUCUCUUAUCGCACUGGUGUCGAUAGUGGUUUAGACCAACGGUAUCGCGUGAAUAUCUUUGGAGAUAUGGAAAGUGUCGAGCAUGCCAAAACUAGGGCGUUGAUGAUGAUCGAUCAGAUUCUGAAACACAAAAUCGAUGUGAUCAAACUCGAAGUCACGAUGCACACCUUGGUCUCAGGCCGCACUGGCAAGAAUAUCAAAAUGAUCGAAUCGGCGACGAAGACUGCCAUCUACUUCCCACCUCCGUUUCCUGGAGUUUUCGGAUACAUCCCUCCGCAUGCGACCCGACGAGCAGCCGAUGAGAUCUUCAUCACGGGGGAAACGCAGGAACAGAUCAACCAGGCAAAGCAGAAGUUGAAAGAGCUCGUUAUGGGAAUCAAGCUAUAUUCCAAAGACGCGGUGGUCUCUGCGAGUAAGAUUGACAACAUCCUGCUGGACCGCCUGGAUAAGGUGCGUAAGAUUAUGGAGACAAACGGCUCCCAUAUUCUAUUCCCACAACUCGCAAGUCAGCGCGGUGUUGUGCGCGUGCAAGGAACCGAUGUUCUGCAUGUCGAACGGACGGUCAAGGAGAUCAUGGCUCUGGCGGGACAAUUCUUUAGUGCUUCCUGGUGGAUCAUGCCGCCCGAUUCGAUGCAGGGUUCAGGCCUUCGGGCGCCGUCACCGGAAGACAUCAGGGUGAUGUUGAGCGACAUCUGCACCAAUUCAGGAGCCGAUAUUAGCUUUGAGAAAUUCACUUUCACCAUCAACGGCUCAGAUGAUGCCGUGAAAGCGGCAAUGAUGGUCAUCAACCAGAUCCCCUUCGUCAAGCGAGCCCCUCACCAAUUGAAGGUCAAGAUUGAACUUGCCAAUGAACACAAGGAGUUUGUCAGUGGGAAGAAGAACGGGAAAAUCAAUAAGAUUAUGGGUCAAAGCAACGUGCAAAUCAUUUUCGACGGCUUCAAUGAGUACAACUUCUACAUUGACGUAGUGGGUACUCAAUAUGAAGCUGUCCGAACCGGUCUAGAUCUGGUGGAGCAGGAGAUGCCGGCAUCCAUCUCAUUCCAUGUCCCCGAUCAGUACCACAAACGCAUCAUCGGUAUCGGAGGGCAACAUAUCCAGCGCAUCAUGAAGAAGUAUUCGGUCUUCGUGAAGUUUUCGAACGCAAUGGAUCGAGGCGGCGUGGGAAAGGAUGAUGAUGAUAUCAAGGUUGACAAUGUCAUCUGCCGCACCCCUGCCCGCAAUGCCCAGAGCUUGGAUUUGGUGAAACAGGAGAUUAUGGAUAUGGUUGAGAAAGCUGACGCCGAGUUCGUUUCCGAGACUGUGGUCAUCAACAGACUCUACCACCGCGAGUUGAUUGCUAGAUUGCCAGAGAUUGAGGAAUUGGAGAAGAAAUGGAAUUGCAAGAUUGACUUCCCUAACACCGAGCAAGCCAGUGACAUCGUCACGAUAUCCGGCCCAGAGUAUCAAGUGCCGCAGGCGGUAGACGCAUUUCUGGGCAUGGUGCCCGAAAGCCACGGGAUCGCCUUCCAAAAGUCCGACGAGCUCGAAGCGUUUUUCAACAGCCCCGAAUUCCAUAACGAUCUCCGCACCAAGCUGCGAACUCAAUAUGAAGUGGACGUUCUCGUCAACCCCGACCCGAGCAGCCUGCCGAAGUCUGCCACGGCGUCGAUGGAACGCCUUGUCGGGCCGUCCGAGGGCAGACUGGUGCUUACAUACACCCGUAACAACGCAGGCGGCUUGAAAGAUGCGAUUGACUACCUCAUAUCGCAGCUCAUCCCUCACGGUCUCGACGCAACCACUGUCAAGGGUGCAAUUCCACGGCCCAAGUCGGAUUCAUUCGAGGACUCUCUGCCCUUCUUUGAUUCGAAGCUCUUGCAGAAUGCACCUUCUCUCCAUGCAACAGACUCUCCGACAAGACUGAGUUUUGCAGAUGGCGAGAGUACUCCGGUCUCGGAGCGUGCCUCUUUGUUUGACCGAAUUCGCAAGCCCGGAAGUAUUUCAUCCUUUUCGUCCUUCAUGAGCCGCAAAAACCAGAACAAUUCCCCCGGCACAUUUUUCAAGCAUGCCUCUUCCAACGCCAGCAAGGCGUCGCUCAUCUCGAUGGAGAGUCGUGAGAGCGGUUACCGGAACUUCUGGAAUGACAGUGGCGUCAAUCUCCCAGAGGAAGGGGAGGUUCCGGCUUCUUCCGCCAGUGGUGGCUGGCCAUCACGUUUUCAGGAUAACAAGUUCCCCUCUGGUCCUGGUGGUGGUAUGUCCGGAGACAGAACACCAAAACAUGAGCCUCCUCGAGCCAGUUUCGACUCUGGGAGGCCACCAACAUCACAUUCUCUUUCGUCUUAUCCGGCUCCUAUUGGACCGCAUCACAAUCAGCAAUUCCCAGGCGGCCACAACGGAUCGGCCCACAACCUGAAUUUGCCUUUGCGCUAG